CAUCAGCAGACAGCUGCAAGGAGCACAUCCCCAGGUACAUCAGCUGUCCCUGUGCUGCAGAGAUGGUGCAAGCAACUCCCUUCCUCCUCGUGCUCUUCCUGGCCCUGGGCGCUCACGGCCACACUGUGAAAAAGUGCAUCCUGACAGGGCAUUGGAAAAAUGACAUUGGCUCCAACAUGACCAUUUCUGAAGUAAAAGAAAAUGGUGACUUCACUGGCAUCUACAACACAUCUGUGUCAACCACCACAAAAAUAGUGCCAUCACCACUGCUGGGGUCCCAACAUCUCCCAUAUCUGUGGAACCAGCCCACCUUUGGCUUCACCGUCCACUGGAAUUUUUCAAAUUCCAUCAGUGUUUUCACGGGCCAGUGCUUUGUGGAUAAUGACGGAAAGGAGGUUUUGAAGACCAUGUGGCUGAUGAGGUCAUACGUGGGCAAACUCGAAGACGACUGGAAAGCCACCAGGAUUGGCUACAACGUAUUUGUGCGCCAGGAAACGCACGAGGGAGGGAAGGUGGAGUUCCCAGAGGAGAUGCAGUGACAGCCUUGUAGCCCUUGCUCCCGCCUCAGCCUCUGCUUCUCUCAAUA